AUGGAGUGCGAUUACUCCUUGUACGUCACGGCGCAUUCAUUUCUGCUGCUGUGUUGGAACUUGAUGGCGCGGGCUGUGUCAACGUCGUCAAUAAGAUACGAACACAUCACAUAUGACGCCCUCCAAAUCAGCUUUGGUCUUACGAAGAACGACCAAGAAGGGCGCAUGUCAUACCCCAGACAUUUAUAUGCGAAUCUGUCGCAUCCUGCUAUUUGUCCCAUUUUAAGUUUGGGUGUCUUGUUGUUUACUCGCGGAGUGCAAGUGCCUGAGUCCCCGACGCUUCUGUUUGGCUACAAUGCAAAGGAGCGGUUUUCGGCUUGGCUCGCGAAGACAUGCGCAGCAAAUGCCGACGAUAUUGCUGGCCUCGGACUGUGUCGCAAGUGCACUGUCCUGGUGGCCCACAAGCAGUUAUGGUCUAGCUGCGAGCUGGUUGGAGCCUCGGUGGGGUCCAAGGACGAUACAUAUUUGAAGGAUCUGGAGGUGAUCAAUUUGUUGGCAGAGCUGCAACUGGACUCAAUGUCAACGAUGUCGAGUUUGGAGCGCUUCCACCACAUUUUGGGCCAUUGA